AUGCUCUCAUGGCAAGUCUUCCAGAGCCGUGCUGGAAGGAAUGCACUUAGUGGCCGACUCAGAGCUCUCAUGACCAAAUCCGAAGAAGAAGGAGGAGAAGGAGGAGGAGGAGGAGGAGAAAAAGAUGGAGGAUUAGGAGGAAAUGAAGAUGAAGAAGAAGAAGAGGAAAUAGGAGGUGAAGACGAUGAAGAAGAAGGAGACGAAGAAGUGGAAAUAGAAGAAGAAGGAGGAUCAGGAGGAGAAGAUGAUGAUAAAGAUGAAAAUGAAGAUAAGAAGGAUGACAAUAAUAAUAAUAAGAAGAAGCAGAAGCAGAAGCAGCAGCAGCAGGGGUUUCCCCUACCCCACCCGCCCCUAUCAUACUCCCUCCCCCGACCACCCCCGUCGCCUCCUCCUCCUCCAGGAGGAGGAAGUCGAUGCCUUUUGGCGCAUCGCCAUGGCCGACCGACAUGUUCCUUCCCAGGCGGCCCAGAGGACGAGUAG